AUGGGGACUCAGGGGCUACGUGGCCAUACAGCUGAUGACAACCCUAGCUUCUGGGUCAUCCUUGAGAAUGCGAAAGGCGUCGGUAGUGGCGAAAUCAUCACUGCAACCACGUGGACGCUUCAAGAGAACAUUCUCAUGUCUGGCGUAGGCUCGCAGAGGCAGCACAUGCCAACCAUAUAG